AUGCUUGCGAAAAAGGGAGAUUCGUGUCUGUUCAGGAAAGUGAGGAGUUGGGUCAUGGUUCGGUUGAUAUCAGGCCUGAAUUGGGAUUUUGACGGCAGAUUGGAUUCGGAAAGGAAAGCAUCCUGCUCCAACAAGAAACGGGUAGAACUGCUCACCGUAAGUUUGGAGGAAAGGCUCAUCACCAACUGCUACAUAGCUAUAAUAAACAGAACAAAUAUUGACUUUAGCCUGAAAGCAUCAAGGGACUCAAAACGUGAAGAAAUAUGUGUAAAAAUGGAGGAACACAGUCAUCGAGGUUAA